AAAACCAAUGUCACCGGAUGAUCGGUGUAGUUCAUUAUAAGCCAUUAUUAGGAAAUAUGAGGUAUCUAGCUCUCUUAUCCGUCGUUAUAGCAGCUGUUGCUGCGAACGUUAUUAAAGACCCAACUGCGGGUUACAAGGAAGGAGACAGAUUUUUCUAUUUCCCUGGUGAUGGAGACGACACUCUUCACCUGGUGGACACUGAAGAGUUUGUAGACCACGAGUUCAUCAGGAGUUACACUAGGAACCCCAACAACAAUGGAUACUGGCUGUUUACCAGAGCCAACCCAACGACUGCUCAAGUCAUUGAAAUAUUCAAUGCCAACUCGCUCCUCAACUCCAACUUUGACAGCUCUAAGCCUAUCAAGGUUCUAGCUCACGGUUGGAACGGCGAUGGAUCAAAUUCCAUGAACAGACAACUGACUGAAGCCUUCCUCCAAGACGGUGACUACAAUGUUUUCGUACUUGACUGGCGUCGACUAGCAAACCGCAACUAUCUGACUGCGAAGAAUGGAGUCCCAGCUGUGGGCAGAGGCCUGGGCCAGUUCCUCAGCUGGCUCGUGUCUCUGGGCGCUUCUUACGACAACAUGCACCUUGUCGGCUUCAGUCUUGGCGGUCAUCUCGUUGGUAACGCCGGACGGGAAACUGGUGCUCAAAUUAGGAGAGUGACCGCCCUGGACCCUGCUGGCCCUCUAUGGAGUUACGACCGCGAGCGUGUCGGCCCGGCUGACGCGAGAUACGUCGAAGUGAUCCACACCAACACCUUCUUCCUCGGGUACACUGACCCUUGUGGUGACGCUGACUUCUACCCCAACGGAGGCAGCAGCAUGCCUGGAUGCUUGACCAACAACUGCUCUCACGGUAGAGCCGUGGAGUACAUGGUCGCUUCCAUCAGACACAACCACUUACAUGCCAACGAGUGCGGUACCUUGAGAGACGCCACCCGGAAUCGUUGCACUGGGCCGUUAUACCCUAUGGGUAACAGCGACUUGAACAAGUCUGGAUCUGGUAUUUUCCGAGUCAACACCGGCAGAAGCUACCCAUUCUAAAAUCACUAUAUCAAGAUUAAUAAAUAAAUCAAUAGUUUUACUU